GCUUGGCGAAGGAGGCAUGGGGAAGCUGCGACGCCGCUACAACGUGAAGGGGCGGCUGCAGGCGGAACCCCGGCCCUCCAAGGGUCCUGAAGCGCCUCCCGUGCGGCUGGAGCUGGAGGACAAGGAUGUGUUGAAAGGGGUAGAUGCCAGCAACGCCCUGGUGCUGCCCGGGAGGAAGAAGAAGAAGACCAAGGCGCCUCCUCCAUCCAAGAAAGAGAGGAAGCCCCUGACGAAGAAGGAGAGGAAGGUGCUACAGAAGGUCUUAGAACAGAAGGAGAAGAAGAGCCAGCGUGCCGAACUGCUCCAGAAACUGAGUGAAGUCCAAGUGUCGGAGGCUGAAAUGAGUCUGUUCUACACCACAGCCAAGCUAGGCACCGGGGACCGCAUGUAUCAUAUCAAAGAGAGGAAGCCUGACCAGUCUGCUGCCCAGGGCCAGGAGAAAGUCAGUAGCCUCAGUGGGGCCCACCGGAAGCGCCACAGGUCAUCAUCAACAGAGGACGACUCUGAGUCUUCAGAAGAUUCAGAGCCUGAGGAAGUCACAGCUGACCAGCCUAGGACCAGCACAGGGGCAGACCUAGUGCAUCCGCCACCAGCUACUUCUGGGAUCAAGAGCCCUGUACCCACCCCACAGCCCCCUCCAUCCGGGACCUCUGCACCUCCAGAAACCCCAGCCUCUGACUCGCCUCCAGCCCUGGCCAAGCCAGCUGUAUUCAUCCCCGUGAACCGCACCCCUGAAAUGCAGGAGGAGCGGCUCAAGCUCCCGAUCCUCGCUGAAGAGCAAGCCAUCAUGGAGGCGGUGGCUGAGCACCCCAUUGUCAUUGUGUGUGGUGAGACCGGCAGUGGGAAGACUACACAGGUGCCCCAGUUUCUCUACGAAGCAGGCUACAGCAGUGAGGACAGCAUCAUUGGUGUCACAGAACCUCGCCGAGUGGCUGCGGUGGCCAUGUCCCAGCGGGUAGCCAAGGAGAUGAACCUGUCACAUCGGGUUGUCUCCUACCAGAUCCGCUACGAAGGGAAUGUGACAGAAGAAACCAGGAUCAAGUUCAUGACGGAUGGUGUCCUGCUCAAAGAGAUCCAGAAGGACUUCCUGCUGCUGAAAUACAAGGUAGUGAUCAUCGACGAAGCCCACGAGCGGAGCGUCUACACAGACAUCCUUCUCGGCCUCCUGUCCCGCAUUGUGGCUCUCCGGGCCAAGAGGCACCUGCCGCUUAAGCUGCUCAUCAUGUCUGCCACGCUCCGGGUAGAGGACUUCACCCAGAACCAGCGGCUCUUCACCACACCUCCCCCAGUCAUCAAGGUUGAGUCUAGGCAGUUCCCUGUGACGGUACAUUUCAACAAGCGGACCCCAUUGGAUGACUACAGUGGCGAAUGCUUCAGGAAGGUCUGCAAGAUCCACCGGAUGCUGCCUGCAGGUGGCAUCCUGGUGUUCCUCACAGGGCAGGCCGAGGUGCAUGCACUUUGCCGACGGCUUAGGAAGGCCUUCCCCAUCCGUUGCUCCCAGCCACAAGAAAAGGAAGAGGACUCGGCAGAAGGGAUGCGGAAGUUUAAGAAGUCCCGGACAAGGGCUAGGAAGGCCCAGGCCAUGGCCUUGCCCCAGAUCAACCUGGACAAUUACUCUGUACUGCCAGCCGGCGAAGGUGAUGAGGACAGGGAGGCAGAGAUGGACGACGAGGAGGAGGCCCUGGGCUCUGACCUAGAUCUGGACCUUGGUGACAGUGAGGCAAAUGAAGGUGAGCAGCCAGAUGCCUCCCUGCCCCUUCACGUGCUCCCGCUCUACUCUUUGCUGGCUCCUGAGAAGCAGGCACAGGUCUUCAAACCUCCUCCAGAGGGGACGAGGCUGUGCGUUGUAGCCACCAAUGUGGCCGAAACAUCCCUCACCAUCCCGGGUAUCAAGUAUGUGGUAGACUGUGGAAAAGUCAAAAAACGCUAUUAUGACCGCGUCACAGGUGUGUCCUCCUUCCGUGUCACCUGGGUCUCCCAAGCAUCCGCUGACCAGCGGGCUGGUCGUGCUGGCCGGACAGAGCCAGGCCACUGCUAUAGGCUGUAUUCCUCGGCUGUUUUCGGGGACUUUGAGCAGUUUCCUCCUCCAGAGAUAACCCGCAGACCAGUGGAGGACUUGAUCUUGCAAAUGAAAGCACUCAACAUUGAGAAGGUCAUCAACUUCCCGUUCCCCACACCUCCGUCUGUGGAGGCCCUCAUUGCUGCGGAAGAGCUACUGAUUGCCCUGGGGGCCCUGCAGGCGCCUCCGAAACAGGAAAGAAUGAAGAAGCUACAGAUGUCACAGCUGAGCUGCCCCAUCACCGCGCUGGGGCGGACCAUGUCCACCUUCCCCGUGGCACCCCGCUAUGCCAAGAUGCUGGCACUGAGCCAGCAGCACGGCUGCCUGCCCUACACCAUUGCCAUUGUAGCUGCCAUGACAGUGCGUGAGCUGUUUGAGGAGCUGGACAGACCUGCUGCCAGUGAAGAGGAGCUUGCAGAGCUGAAGGGCCGUCGAGCCCGUGUGGCCCAGAUGAAGAGGACCUGGGCCGGGCAGGGGGCUUCUCUGAAGCUUGGCGACCUCAUGGUGUUGCUGGGUGCUGUGGGGGCCUGUGAGUACGCUGGCUGCUCACCCCAGUUCUGCCAAGCUAACGGACUGCGCUACAAGGCCAUGCUAGAGAUCCGGCGCCUGCGUGGCCAGCUGACCACCGCAGUCAAUGCCGUGUGCCCGGAGGCCGGGCUUUUCCUGGACCCCAAAAUGCAGCCUCCUACUGAGAGCCAGGUGACCUACCUGCGGCAAAUCAUGGCAGCUGGUCUGGGUGACCACCUGGCCCGCCGGGUUCAGAGUGAGGACCUGCUGGACCCCAAGUGGAAGAAUGCCUACAAGACCCCUCUUCUGGAUGACCCCGUCUUCAUCCACCCCAGCUCUGUUCUCUUCAGAGAGUUGCCUGAGUUUGUGGUCUACCAGGAAAUUGUGGAGACCACCAAGAUGUACAUGAAAGGUGUCUCCACUGUGGAAAUCCAGUGGAUCCCUUCCCUGCUGCCCUCCUACUGCCAGUUCGACUUGCCCUUGGAGGAGCCAGCCCCCACUUACUGUCCGGAGUCAGGACGGGUGCUGUGCCACCGGGCCAGCGUGUUCUACCGCGUGGGCUGGCCACUCCCUGCCGUCCAGGUGGACUUCCCUGAAGGCAUUGACCGCUACAAGUACUUUGCACGGUUUCUGCUGGAGGGACAGGUCUUCCGAAAGUUGGCUUCGUUCAAGAGCUGCCUGCUAUCUAGCCCCAACACCAUGCUGAAGACUUGGGCCAGGCUGCAGCCCAGGACAGAGACCCUAUUGAGAGCCCUUGUGGCCCAGAAGGCUGAUUCCCGUGAUUCCCUGCUGGCUGCAUGGAAGAAAAACCCCAAAUACCUGCUGGCCGAGUACUGUGAGUGGCUCCCAAAGGCUAUGCACGGCGACGUUGAGAAGAACUGGCCCCCUACCACUGACCGUUGACCACACACCCAGCUGCACAGUCG